CUAAACUUGUGGUAGGUAAUAACAAUCUAAGUAACAGCUCUUUCCUCGUGUAUACACCUAUUCUGUUCCUUCCUCAUCAGACUUUCUCGUUCCCAAGCCAAGCCAGAGUGUUUUAGUUAUACGGAAUAAGACAAGCAAAAGAGAUAAGGGAGAGAGAGAACCCAUGACAGACGUCGUUUGUUGUAUCACGAGAGCCCAAGGCCUAGUUAACGAUGGCGCAAAGCUUUAUGCCCGUCGAAGAGGUUGAUAUCCCAUCGACCAACGGAUACCCUACUCAAAAAAAACACACCAAGGACGAAUCCCAGGUUGAAACCCAGAUCGUACCUCGCGAACAAUAUGUGUAAGUCUCCCGUAGACUCUUCCCCCGAUCAACCCCUGACAGGAGCCGUAACUUACAGUAAAUCGGGCUUCGCUGGCAUCCUCGGAUCCCCAUAUGUCCUCGCAUGCGCCUCAUUCUCCGCCAUGGGCGGCCUCCUCUUCGGCUACGACCAGGGCGUUGUGUCCGUCAUCCUCGUCAUGGAGCAAUUCCUCUCGGAGUUCCCACGCGUCUCAGAUACCGGAGGAGGAGCCGGGUUCUGGAAGGGCCUGUUGACCGCCAUGAUCGAACUUGGCGCUCUUAUCGGAGCCAUGAACCAGGGAUGGAUCGCGGACAAGAUAUCGAGGAAAUACUCCAUCAUGGUGGCGGUUGUGAUCUUCCUUAUCGGAAGCAUACUGCAGACUGCUUCGAAUGGGUAUGCGAUGCUCGUCGUCGCGAGAUUGAUCGGUGGAGUCGGGAUUGGCAUGCUUUCCAUGGUCGUGCCGCUCUACAUCUCGGAGAUCAGCCCUCCGGAGAUUCGAGGAACCCUACUCGUGCUCGAGGAGUUAGCAAUCGUGGGUGGAAUUGUAGUCGCAUUUUGGAUUACCUACGGCACAAGAUUCAUACCCGGCGAAUGGUCGUGGCGCCUCCCGUUCCUCCUCCAGAUUAUUCCCGGCGUCGUCUUGGGCUGUGGAGUGCUAGCACUACCAUUCUCCCCGCGCUGGCUCAUAUCUAAGGGGCGUCAUGGGGAGGCAUUGGCCGCGCUGUCCAAACUCCGCCAGCUACCGCCCGACAAUGCCCUCGUCCUGAGAGAAUGGACAGAGAUCAGGGCCGAGGUGAUGUGCCACCAAGAAAUCAGCGCGGAGCGCCACCCAAAGCUCCACGCUGAGCCGACGCGCCUCAAUCGCAUCAAGUUGGAGCUCGUGUCCUGGCUCGACUGCCUCAGACCGGGGUGUAUCAAGCGUACUCACGUUGGUACGGGCCUCAUGUUCUUUCAGCAAUUCGUCGGCGUCAACGCAAUGGUUUAUUACAGCCCGACUCUGUUCAAAACUAUGGGCCUCGAAUACGAUAUGCAGCUCAUCAUGUCCGGCGUCCUCAACAUCUGCCAGCUCGUCGGUGUCGCGUCCAGUCUCUACACUAUGGACCGCGUCGGCCGCAAGCCGCUACUGGUAUGGGGAAGCGUACUAAUGUCAGUCUCCCACAUCAUCAUUGCUGCGCUAGUCGGCGUCUUUGGCAAAGACUGGACGCAUCACCGCAACGCAGGCUGGACAUCAGUUGCUUUCCUAUUGUUCUACAUGCUCGCGUUUGGGGCUACUUGGGGACCUGUACCUUGGGCCAUGCCCUCAGAGAUCUUCCCCAGUUCGCUGCGGGCGAAGGGAGUUGCAUUAUCCGUCUGCUCCAACUGGUUUAACAACUUCAUAAUCGGACUCAUCACGCCACCGCUGGUGCAGAACACAGAGUGGGGUGCAUACCUCUUCUUCGCUAUCUUCUGCGUGCUGUCAGGAAUAUGGGCAUUCUUCUUUGUGCGCGAGACGAACGGCAAGACGCUCGAGGAGAUGGACGGCGUUUUUGGCGACUCCGCGAGCGCCGAGGACGAGGAGCGCAGGCGCAGGAUCGAGGACAUUCUGCGUAUCCGGGAUGGGGAUGCAGACAAUAGGGCUGAGGGGGAGGUUGGGGUGCUCCAGAGGAACAAGGAGGCUGAGUAG